GGAGGCGCUUCUCCACCUGGGCAGCGGAUCCGGGUGGCCCCCGGCCAACGCGUGUCCCACAGCCCGAACCCCCGGCCUGGCUCUCGCCAUGACUAAGCGGCGCAGGGGCCUGGGGGCCCGCCUGGCCCAGCUCCUCGCUGGACUAGGGGUCCGGAAGGAGCGCAGGGGAAAGGAGACCUCAGAGGUGGCCAGAUCCCGGGAUAGGCCCUGGGGUGGCCAGAGCUGCCCUGACCUUGCCCAGAGCCAGGACAGCGCCAGCAGUGUCAACCUGCAGGUCCAAACCCAGAGCCACUCGGAAUGGGACCUUCGGGCCUGGAUUCAGAAUCGAGGACAUGUCUCACCGAGAGCCACUCAGCCCUUGGGGCGCCUACAGCGGCCAGCGGUGGGCAGUGCCUGCGACCUGGCCUACCAUGCCUCCCUGGGGCCCGGCAGCCUGGCACCCCCGCUGGCCCCAGGAGAGCCUGUUCACCUUUCCUGCCCAGAACUUGCCCCUCCACGUUCGGGACAGGGAUCCCCAGCUUGCACCUACCCGAGGUCCCUCCCUACGGCACCAGACGUCCCCGGGAGCCCGGGGCAACCGGGCAACCUGGAAGACGCGCCCCUGCCGCCCCGCCUGCUGGCCGUCCCCAUGGCAGAGGGAGCAAAGGGCGAGCCCGACACCCCAGGGCCAGCACAGUCAGAGGUACAGACCCUACACACAGGCCCCUCUGCCAGGAGGGCCCGCUACCACCUCACCAUCACCCUGCAGGGGUGUGAGCACGCACCGGGGAAGGAGGGCCAGGAACCGGCCCGACCAGCUCCCCACCUCUGCAGCCCUGAGGAAUCCAGGGGCUGGCAGGAGCCUCCCCAAGGGCCCCGCCCCAUCACCGAGUGCCCAACCAACCCAGCCCUGGAGCCCCGGCUGAGAGCCCCACGGUUCCAAGGGAGUGAGGCCCAGCGGCAGGAGCUCCAGGCAGGCUGGAGACCUAAGGCUACACACAGCCGGGAGUUGGACCCCAGUGAGACAAGGACUCUACAAGACAGAUUGCCGGGGCCCAAGAUGGAGGAGGCAACUGGGCCCCCGGCCCGGGCUGAAGCCCACGUGGUCAGUGCCACAUUGACUUGGCGGCAGCGGCCACCAGCCCAGGAAGAGACCAGACAUCGUUUCCACAAGGUGUCCCUGGUGUCAGGGUCCCAGACAGACACCUCCCAGGAGGUGUUUGAACACAGCUUCCGGCGAGAGGAGAUCAAUGGCUUCGCUACUCAGGAAGAGGAGACUGUGAACUACCAGGGCCCGCGGGGUGAGGCUGGCGCCUGGCACUUCCAGAGCCAUGGGCCCAUCUUUUCUAAGAAGUACACACCGCCCCCCAAGGAGCAAAGGCCAGUGAGGCGGUUGAAGGAAGCCAGGGACUGGGGCGAUGGCAGCCCUCAGACUCCCAGGAGUGAAUCCCUAGGCGCCGGAGCCAUGGCUAGGACGGAGCUGUUGGUGCCUCUGCCUGGGCCCCGGGAGCCCAGCCCUCACCCAGGUGUGGGAGUCACAAGUGGGAGCUCCCGAAGCCAUGAGGAGUGGCGCGUGACACGCACAGUGCGGACCACCACCAUCCUCGGAGGUCACGUGGACCGCCGCAGCUCUGUGACCGUGGGGCCCAAGCUGCCGGGGGAGGCCCUGACCAGAGGCCGCAACGUGAGCCGCACAGUUCGGGCAGUGGUGGUGAGCCCUGGGACCGAGGGCUCACCCAGCCGCAGCCAGGCCCUGGAGCUGCUCAGCAGCCUCGUGCCUGCCGAGCGCAGCCCCCCUGCCAGCCGCCUCCCAAGGCCCACCAGUGGAAUGCCACGGAACUCUGGCCUGGGCGGCACGCUGGGCACAGGCCUGGGGCAGCUGCCUGAGACCAGGGCAGCAGAACUGAAGGACGGCUCAGCCGUGACCCCUGCCAGCAUCCCAGGGGGUGCUCACCCACCUCCAAACCGGGACAGCCCUUCAGGGGGCCCAGACCAUGAGGGAGACCCCGAUGCCAGGGCCAGUGAGUCCCCCAGGAGACAGGGAGCCUUCAGCCCCACCCUACUGUCUGUCCAGACCCCAGCAUCAGCGCCCUCCUCUCCCGGACCCAAGACUCAUGGGCCCUCCCAGGACCCGGCCCAUCCCCCCGAGGAGCCGGUGCUGCCCACUCACCCCGGGACCCAGCCCACCCCCCAUGCCCUGCCUCAGGUGAAAAGAGACGGGCCGGCCCAUACCCCAGCGGCCCCCACCCUGCCCAGGGUGAGCGAGGUUCUUACGGAGUCUGUACAAGCUCCUACGCCGUCUUCUCUAAAGAAAACCACUGUCCCCAGCUCAGGAGCCCUUUCUGCUCCCACCUCCAUGAGCAAAUGUGCUCAGGACUCGGAACCUGGGCCUGGCCCAGGCCCUGUCCUAGCCGGGCCUCUCCUUACCCAGGAAGAGGUUGGGCAGGGCCCUGAUGCUCCUGCUGCCCAGUCCCCUAAGCCCCCUGAGGCCAUCCUGGUCCCUGAAGACAGUCCUGUCCCUUCCCCUCCCAAGGAAGAGACUGUGCAAAGCCCAGCAGUCCUUACUCCCCUGUCCCCCCCACAGAAUGAGGCUGCCCAGGACUCUGACAGGAGCCCCACCUCUUCUGCUGCCCCUAAAGAGGGGGUCCAGAGUCAUGCUGUUCCAUUCACCCCACCUUCCACAGUGGAGAAGGUGUCCUCUAGCCCAGAGGACCAGCCUGUCCCAGCACCAAUGGGAGCAGAGGUCAGCCUGGAGUCCCAGCUUGUCCCCAACUCGAGUGCAGACCAGGUGUUCCCAGAGCCCUCGAGGGAGGAGGAGGAGGUGGCCCUGGCUGCUGACCUGGAGGUUUUCCUGGACACCUUGAGAAGCAUGGAGCCCCCUGAGAUCCUGCGCACACACAGGCUGCCCCGAGCCCCCCGCUCCUCCUACCUGGCCAUGUAUGCUACACUGCCUGCCAUCGAAGAGGACCAGCCUGGGCCAUGGGUUCUGGGACCCGGUCCCCAGGAGGUGCCUAUGCUGGAGGAGGAGGAAAAAGAGGAGGAAGAGGAGCCAGAAAACCCCUACCUGAGUGAUGAUGAAAAACUCCAGCGCAGGCAGGAGAAAGUGGAUCCCAGCCCUUCCAGGGAUCCCCACCCUGCCAAGCCCACGCAGGCCUCUUGCUCACCUCUGGACAUGAUGAAAAAGCACGUCGCCGGCACCAAGGGCUCCCAUGCAGAGCCAGGGCUGGAACUACAGGCCAACCACCGGCCCUCCUCCCGUCUGGGCGGCAGCCUUCUCUUUGGCAGUAUGAUGCCAGCCACCAAGGAGGCUCCUACCCUUGAACCUCUGGGUGCAAAAUUAUCUUCUCUGCCACCUCAUGGAGCACCAGGGCUCAGGAAGGGGCCAGGACACUCGUCCCUGCUCUGCAGUGGAAGGCCACCACCAGAGAAGCCAGCCCAGGCCCGGCCCCCAGAGGAAUGGAGCCCAGAUCUGAAGAUCCAGGGCAAGCUGAACACCAGGCCUGGAAAGGUGAUUCUCUUCUCUGAGCCUGGCUGCCAGGGCCACAGCAGGGAGAUCUGGGGAGAUACUGCUGAUGCCUCGGCCUGGGCCCACACUGCUUCCCUCAGGGUGGUUCGAGGCUGCUGGAUGCUGUACGAACACCCAGAGUUCCAGGGCCGGAAGCUGGUCCUGUCUGAAGGAGACCUGGAGCUCAGAGCCCCCGCCUGGGCCACCCAGGGCAUCGGCUCCCUGAGGCGGAUUGUCCAGGACUACUGCACCCCAGAGAUCAGCCUGUUCUCCGAGGUGGGCCUCGCCGGGGAAGAAGUGAAAUUCACCGAGGCCUUGAAGGAUGCCCAGGGCCUGGAGAAGCCCCUGAAGGUGGCCUCUGCCACUGUCUCCGCAGGACUGUGGCUGCUAUACCCUAAACCAUUCUUUGAAGAUACUCCCUACAUCCUGGAGCCUGGAGAGUACCCAACCUUGGAAGCCUGGGGUACACUGGACUCUAGGGUGGGCUCCCUAAAGCCCAUGAAAUUGGGCUGUCCAAGUGUGGAGAAGCCAGGGGAGCCCAAGGCUGUGGUGUAUGAAGCCCCAGGUUUUCGGGGCCAGAGCUGGGAAGUGAGCAGAGACAUCUAUAACCUUCAACAGCCAGAGGACAGCCAGAGCCCCAAUCUGGCCUCUGUGGGGUCCCUACGAAUUCUUGGGGGCUGCUGGGUGGGCUAUGAGAAGGAGGGCUUCCGCGGCCACCAGUACCUGCUGGAGGAGGGUGAAUACGCCGACUGGUCACACUGGGGUGGCUAUGAUGAGCUGCUGACCUCCCUGCGGGUCAUCCGGACGGACUUCGGGGACCCAGCCGUGGUGCUGUUUGAGGCCAUGGACUUCGAGGGGCGCGGCGUGGAGGUGAGCUCCGCACUGCCGGACGUGGAGCUGGUAGGACACGGGCCACACACGCAGGCAAUCCACGUGCUCAGCGGCGUGUGGGUGGCCUAUGGGCAGGUGAGCUUCUCCGGGGAGCAGUACGUGCUGGAGAAGGGCGUGUACCGCAACUGCGACGACUGGGGAUCGGGCAACAGCGCCCUCGCCUCGCUGCAGCCAGUCUUGCAGGUUGGGGAGCAUGACCUGCACUUUGUCUCCAAGAUUCAGCUUUUCUCUGGGCCCGACUUCUUGGGCGACCACAUCUCCUUCGAGGACGACCAGGCUUCUCUACCUCCCUCCUUCCGGCCCCAGUCCUGUCGUGUGCAUGGCGCCAGCUGGAUCCUGUUCGAUGAGAAGAAUUUCGAGGGAGACCAGCACAUUCUCUCCGAGGGCGAGUUCCCCACUCUCACGGCCAUGGGCUGCCUAGCCUCCACCAUCCUGGGCUCUCUGCAGAAAGUCCCUCUGCACUUUUCAGAGCCUGCCAUUUUCCUGUACGGCCUAGAGUGCUUUGAGGGGAAGGAGAUCGAGCUCCGAGGGGAAGUGCGGAGUCUGCAGGCUGAGGGCUUCAACAACCACGUGCUGUCUGUGCGGAUCAAGGGGGGCGUCUGGGUACUGUGUGAGCACAGCGACUUCCGGGGCCGCCAGUGGCUGGUAGGCAGCUGCGAGAUCACCAACUGGCUGACCUACAGUGGCACGCAAAGGGUGGGCUCCCUCUACCCCAUCAAGCAGCGCCGUGCCUACUUCCGCCUGUGGAAUGCAGCCCUGGGGGGGUUCCUGGCAGUGCCAGACCGCGUGGAGGACAUGAAGGCAGGCCGUGUGGUCGUCUCCGGGCCCCAGGCCGGGGGCAGCUGCAUCUGGUUCUAUGAGGAUGGGCUGCUGAAGAACCAGGUGGCCCCCACCAUGAGUCUGCAGGUGAUCGGACCUCCCAGCCCAGGCUCCAAGGUGGUGCUGUGGGCAGAGAGCCGCCUGCCACGCCAGACCUGGAGCAUCGAUGAAUCCGGCCACAUCUGCAGCCAGAUGUUUGAAGGCCAGAUCCUGGAUGUGAAGGGUGGCCGAGGCUAUGAUCGGGACCACGUGGUGCUGUGGGAGCUGGACAAGGACAGGGCAUCCCAGACCUGGACCAUCCACGUGCUUUGACUCGCCCUCCUCCCCACCAACCCUUCUCCCUUCCCCCUUCCCCCGCUCCCCACCCCAGGGCUUUGCUGGGCUGGAAUGUUUU